GAAUGCAAUAUUGCUAUUUCAUAUGCCACAAAUCAUUUAAAAUGCUUAUGUCAUUGUCACUUUUUAUUUUAGCACCCCAUAAAUAAUCUUCUCUACCAAUGAACAGCAUAGUGGAAAAUUAACUAUUACAAUAUGACUUCUGUUCUCACUUUCUUCUCCUUCUAUCUCAUGCUCUUCUCAACUUCCUUCACCAUCAUUAAUGGGGUAUUCUCUGAACAAUCCCCCAUGGUCAUAUUAACAAAACACACGGAGAAACUGACCCGCCUCCACUUCUAUUUCCAUGACACCCUUGAUGGAACAAACCCAACUGCUAUUAGAAUCGCUGGACCAGCAAACAGGUCAUUUAGCACUACUUUUAUGACAGAUGAUCCAUUGACUGAAGGGCCAGAGGCUAGUUCAAAGCUUGUGGGAAGAGCUCAGGGAAUAUAUGCAUUUGCUUCUCAACAUGACUCUGCCUUGCUUAUGGUGAUGAAUUUCGCUUUCUUGGAAGGUAAGUAUAAUGGGAGUGCCCUUAGCAUUCUUGGGCGUAAUCCUUUUCUCAAUAAGGUCAGGGAAAUGCCAAUCGUUGGAGGCAAUGGAGUUUUCCGAUAUGCUCGGGGCUAUGCCUUGGCAAAGACAGUUUCGUUCACUCCAAAAACCGGAGAUGCUGUGGUUGAAUACAAUGUGUCUGUCUUGCACUUCUGAGAGUUCCAAGUUCUUCAGUAUUACGUGUUCCAAAUCAGUCAUGUUUGUAGCAGUGUUUCUACUAUUGGAUAGUAGUGUAAUUUUUCUAAUAAUAGAAUAAGGCUAUUGGGGUA